AGUCAACUUCUUUGUAUCGCCUACACACCGCGUUCAGCAGUUCAGGCAUGAGUCUUCCAGCUCACUCACACGUAGUUAGAGCCUGCAUGGCUGAAUGUUGAUAUGACAGAAGGGAAGCAUUCAAUUGUGUUUGUGGAGCCCCCGGCGGAGAGCAGUGGCCUUCACAGCGAGGCGAGCGCGGGGCACACAACCGGUUGGCGGCAGCAGCUUAAAUCAAGCGCCUUGGGGGUAUGGCGCAUCGUGGUGCAGUAUCCUGUCAGCACGCUCCUGCCGCCUCUGCUGCUGCUUGGGCUGGUGCUUGGUCUUGGGAUAUGGGGGGUGACUGAAAGCGCGUCGAGCUAUGCCGACACAGCCAAGGUCCGCGCGUACAGCCUGACCCAGGACACUGCAGCCUACUACCAGAGGGAGAUGAUUGGCAGCGUGGUGGCGCCUGUGCUGGUUACCAGCGCUAUGGUGCACUAUAACCCCAACUACCCAGACGCCAGCGGCCUGUUCGAAGGCCUGGCAUCCACGCUACUGGCUCAGACCUCCAACAAGUACGCAGGAGCCGUGGAGCUGCAGCUGCAGCCCUUCGGCGUCGUGACGGCAACCUACCCCGCAGACAACUCCAGCACCAGUAGAGGCAGCGCGCCGUUGGGCUAUGACAUUUUCGCGUCGCCAGAGCGCGACAUGGCAAUCAAGAUCGUGCGGUCCGGCUCAGUAACGCUGGCGGGCCCAAUGGAUCUCAUGCGCGGCGGCUAUGGCGUGACAGUCAGCAUGCCCAUCUUCAUCAGCGGUGUUCCUGAGAACACAACGUUCAACAACCCGUACCCGCUGAACUCGGCGUGUGGGGAGGCUUGCGCCUACAACGCCACAACGAGAACGGCGUUUUGGGGCUUUGCAUCAGCGCUGGUGUGGCUUGACAUUUUUGGAGCGGUUGACUCGCGCGUCGCAUUGCUAACCGAGCGAGGCUAUGUGUACGAGGUGCUCGUGCCCGACGGCGCCGGCGGCCUGGCUCGCAUCACCUCCAACAUCGACGGCCCGCUUCCCAACGACUCCGUGGAGGUGCCCGUGCAGCUGCCCAACACGCAGUGGGUGCUGCGCGUGCACCCCACGGGGGACUGGAUGCCGGCCUGGUACGCGGGCCUGCUGGCGGGCGUCAUUGUGUUGGCGGUGGUGGUGGCGCUGCUGACGUUCGCAGUGCUGGUUUCCAGGCGCCAGCACCAGACGCUGCUGGAGGCGGUGCUGCCCAAGGAGGUCAUCCGGGAGCUGCGCAAGGAGGACACGACCACCAUGGAGGCACGCAUCCUGCAGGCCGACACGCCUGCUGACAUGCUGCUGAUGCUGCUGGGCGAGCUGCUGGAGGGCCGCACACCGGACCUGCGAGAUGUGGUGUUCAUCCGGACGGUGCUCAUGCGUAACCAGGACGUGUAUGCGCCGCUCAACCUGAAGGGCCACCUGCGCGGCUCCAGUCUGGAUGCCGACGUGGUGCGCGCGCUGAUGCGGCAGCUGGGCAGCGGCGGCGACUUUGAAUCCACCAGCGAGUACGGCAGCGGCCGCAUUGCGGAGGAGGUGGAAGCCGGCGGCGGCGGCGCCGAUAGCGACAGUGGCGGCCACGGCGCCACGGACAGCGGCUACUCCAAGUCAGACCCCUACUCCGGCCAGCCGGCGGACAGCGUGGAGGGCGCGCUGUCGCUCAUUCUGAACGUGCAGCCCUACCACGUCGUGCGAAGCGCGACGAGCGAGAUGGGCGCCCUGUGUGGCGUGGUGGGCGCGCAGCACGGGCUGGACAGCGAGCGCUGCUCGCCGGCGUUGGGCGCGUUUGACGUGGAGCCCAGCGGGGGCGCGAUCACUGGGGUCACGGUGGCAGCGAGCCUGAGCUCUGUGGUGGAGGGGGCGGCGGUGGCGGCGUCGGGCGGGUCGGCGGAGCCAAGGAGCCGCUGGCGUGGGAAGAAGACGCCGCUGAUGCUCAGCAGCAAUGGGCGGCCGGGGCUGCCGCCCGGGCCGCCGCCGGCGCCGCCACAGCCAGUGGUUAUCCCGCCGAUUAUCAUUGAGGACUCGGAGAGGCUCCUUGACCAGGUGGACAGUUGGGAGUUUGACACGUGGGCGCUGCAGGAGGCGACGCAGGGCCACGCGCUGUCAGUGCUGGGCUUCUACCUCAUGCAGCGGGCGGGGCUGGUCAGCAGGUUCCGGUUGAAGCCAAUCGUGCUAGCAAGGCUGCUGCGCGCGAUCGAGAGUGGAUACGUGGACAACCCCUACCACAGCGCCAUCCACGCCGCGGACGUGCUCCAGACCAUGCACGUGAUCAUCCACGCCGCGCAGCUGCACGUGCACUACCUGGACGCACUGGGGCUGCUGGCGUCCUACUACGCGGCGAUUGUGCACGAUUUCGCACACCCCGGCCUCACCGGUGACUUCCUCAUCGCCUCCUCCGACCCCCUGGCCAUCCGCUACAACGACCGCUCGCCGCUGGAAAACCACCACUGCGCUGCUUCGUUCGGGCUGCUGCGGCGGCAGGAGCUUAACGCGCUCGCGCCGCUGUCGCAGUCUGAGCGCAACGCAUUCCGCAAGCAGGUCAUUGAGCUGGUGCUGGCCACGGACAUGAAGCAGCACUUCUCCAUCCUGUCGCACUUCAACACUGUGCACCGGCUGACGAGCUACUCGCAGCAGCAAGCGGCGGCAGCGUUGCAGCCCUCGCCGAGUCUUGCUCGGGCGGUGUCGCUCAGGCCUAAUGGAAGCGGGGACCGAAACGGCGGCAUUCCGCCGCCGUCGCCAAGGCAGCCGCUGUCGCUGUUCCAGGCGCCUCAGCCCGUGGACGACACUGAGCGGCUGCUGAGCCUGCAGCUUGCGCUCAAGUGCGCGGACAUUGGCCACCUGGGCGAGUCGCUCGAGGUGCACAAGAAGUGGCUGUCCAACUUGGAGGAGGAGUUCUUCCGCCAGGGCGACAAGGAGCGGGAGCUGGGAAUCCCCAUAAGCCCGCUGUUCGACCGCAGCAAGCAGGGUGUGAGCAAGAGCCAAGUGGGUUUCUACGACUUCGUAGCGCUGCCGCUGGUGCACGCGCUGUCAAGCGCAUUCCCGGGCACACAGCAGCUGAUGCGAUGUUUCCUCGGCAACUACAACCACUGGCGGCAGGUCGAUGGCCAGCCGCCCGUGGAGCCACCCAAGGUGCGCAUGCUGUCCGGCCAGGGCUCCGGUCGCCAGCUGCUCGCGUCUGCCAGCAACCGCCUGCUGUCAGCCGCGCCGUCCACGCCUCGAGGCGCCGCCGCUGCCGCGGCUGCCGCCGCGGCCGCCGCGGCCGCGCGGCUGGACAAGGCGCGUCCGCCGCCGCUGACUGUGCCGGCGGCCGGAGCGGACGACAAGCCCGGCAUGCCGAUUGUGCAGCUCACGCUGGCGGGCAAUAAAGGCGGGCGCUGAGGGAGUGGGAACUCCCAGGCGGACUUGAUUCAGGGCGCGGGGUGGAUCUGGAGGAGCUUGCCACCGCGACAUCGAUGGCGGCUGCGGUUCGGCUGCGGUUCGGCUGCGGUGCCGCUGCGGUGCGAGGCUCCGUCUGGCGGUGCUGCAAGGCAUUUAUGAUGUUGCGCCUGCAGCCAGACCGUGUCUGGGGGGAAGGGUUAGAUUGCGUGCGGGGGUUCUCGAGUUACUGAUUUUACGGAGGCGGGGUGGGACUGGGCGGGCAUGAUGAGCCAUGGCAGGUAGCAGCACCAAGCGCCUCCGCGCAGGGCCGGUUGUCCCGUGCGCCAUGGAUGCGGUACCAUGGUGGGGACUUGUAGAGGCAGCAGGGCCAUUAGCAUGCAUCAGUACCGUAGUCGACGGCCUGGGUGUGUGUGGAAGGGGGGACUGCACCGGGUAUACACUUUAUCUCUAAACGCAGGUGGCCGUGGAGCGGCUUGUGGCGGCCGUGUCUAAGGACACGUAGCCCAUGCCAGCAAUCGUGGAUGCCGGCAGUGCCGGGGUUGCCUUGUUCCGUGUGUGCAUACGUUACAACGUACGGUAUCUCGGCCACUACAAUUGAAUUACCCGUCAUAGUUUGCACACUUACAACCGUUUACUUCCUUCCUUGGUGCCAUUUGCUAUUCGGGCGUAUUGGAUGGAACCCGGGGUGUCUAUGGAAGUUCACGUGAGUGGCCUGUGGAAGUGUACUGUAUUAGGAUGUCAGACUGCAUUGCCCGACACGGCCACACUGACUUGGAUCCACACUGCCGCGUACAGUGUUGCACUGUUGCGAGGCGGCGGGGGCUUACGCGACACAUGGAUGGCGGCCGCGCAGGUGCAAGGAAGCGCGGUUAGUGAACUAGUGAUCAUUGCCGACGUAACUGACGUUGCAUUUGACUCUUGCUAUGGGACAUACGACGUCACAUGCACACGGGGGCCUCGACAGAGUGGGGCGGUGCUGACGACGUUUGCUUGCAUGGUACAUGUAGUGGUGGGCAAUCGUAUUGGGUGUGCUGGAGGACUGAGUGCCGUGGCUCCCAUGUGAGGCAACUUCUUGCUGCUGUCCUCCCCUUAUACGAUACCUCCC